UUGGAAAAGGAAGGUGUUGGUGUUUCUCCGAUCCAUCGCUUGGUGGCGCUGAAUUUGACAGUCCUGCCGUCGUCGUCGUCGUCGUCGCCUUAUCAAUACCCGUCGAUCCGACAACAGCGCUUCCGUCCGCGCUGCUGCGGUGGGUUCCUAUAUUCAGCGUUCCAACUGCGACCGAAAUGACCUCACACAUAAUUGCCGAAUUAAUUCUGACAGUUGUAGUGCCGUGGUGAGUGGUUGUGAGGGUGUCAUGGACCGAGCCUAGGAGGAUGGCCGAGCAGCAGCGAGAGGCGCCAGAGCGCGAGCUCGAGCAGCAAAUCCUCCAGAUCAAGAAGCAGCACCAGCUCCAGCACCAGAUCCUGCUGCAGCACUUCCAGCAGCAGCAGAAGCACCUCGCUGAGCAGCACGAGCAGCAGCUCCGGCAGCACCUGAAGGAGUUCUGGGAGCGCCAGAAGCAGCUGCAGGAGCUGCGCCAGCGAGAGCAGCUGGAGGCGCUGCGCAAGAAGGAGAAGCAUGAGGAGAGCGCCGUGGCCUCCACGGAAGUCAAGCACAAACUGCAGGCGUUCCUGAGACAAAGGGCGUCGGGAUGCUCCAAGACGUCCAGGACGGACAAUUCCUGCUGGUCAGAGGGAAUGGAUACAGGGUCUGACUCAACAACUAACAACGAUUUUCCCUUAAGGAAAACAGCAUCCGAGCCUAAUCUGCUGAAAGUGCGGUUAAAGCAGCGCGUGAUGGAGCGCCGCUGCAGCCCCAUGAGUAAAAGACACCUUCCCCCGUCGCUCAAGAAGAAGCUCCUGAGCUCGUGCCUGCCCCCCAGCGAGUCCCCGCCUCAAGAACCCCCCAAAGAACUGAGUCCGCCUUGUGAAACGGAAGAAUAUCAACGACAUGCCCUUUUCAGCAGUCCAUCGAUGCCGAAUAUUUCUUUAGCCGCCCAUCACGUCCUCUCCCCCGACCUUUCCGAGGCCGCCGUCCGUGCCGCCUGCACCGCCAGACUGGGAAUGCCCUUGACGGGACAAAUGCUCCCUGGGACUCUCCCGUUUUAUCCCUCAUUACCGGCCAUCGAAAGCGAGCACGAAGAAACCCCCCUGGACACAAUUAGCGAAUUACAGGAACCUCAGCAGUCGAGGGGGGUGAUCAGGCCGCUGGGAAGGACGCAGUCUUCGCCGCUUCCUCUAGGACAUCCCCUGUUGGAAGGGCCGCCGCCGCCGGUGCCCCAACCGCCGCAGCCGCCCCCCGAAGAACAGGAGCAGAGGGACUUGGAACUCAGGGCCAAUGAAUCGCGAAGCAUUCGUCCCCUGUCUCGCGCCCUGAGCAGCCCCGUGGUGCACCUGGGGGCCCCCGACGGCCCCACGCUCUCCCGGCGUCGCGCCUCCUCCACCCCGACAACGGGCUUAGCAUACGACAGUCAAAUGCUAAAGCACGCAUGCAUCUGCGGCAACAACGCCAUCCACCCCGAGCACGCCGGGCGCCUCCAGAGCAUCUGGUCCCGUCUCCUCGAAACUGGUCUCGUGUCCCGCUGCGACCGUCUGCGCCCCCGCAAAGCCUCCACCACGGAGUUGCAAAUGUGCCACUCCGAGGCGCACGCCUUGCUCUACGGCACCAGCUCUAUGAACCGGCACAAGAUGGACAUGAGCAAACUGAGCUCUCUCCCCGUCACGGCCUUCGUCCGGUUGCCUUGCGGGGGCAUCGGCGUCGACACCGACACCACCUGGAACGAGGUGUACACGGCCCCCGCGGCCCGCAUGGCCGUGGGCUGCACCGUGGAUCUGGCAGUGCGGACCUGGACGGGCGACAUCAGGAACGGGUUCGCCGUGGUGCGGCCCCCAGGCCACCACGCCGAGCCCCAGCAAGCCAUGGGCUUCUGCUUCUUCAACUCGGUGGCUAUCGCGGCGAGGGUGUUACAACGUGAGCACCGAGUCCACAAGAUACUCAUUUUCGACUGGGGGGUCCACCAUGGGAACGGCACUCAGGAUAUUUUCUACGACGAUCCUCGGGUUCUUGUUAUUUCGAUGCAUCGUCACGACGACGGGAAUUUUUUCCCGGGGACUGGGAGUCCGGGGGAGUGCGGCGCGGGGGCCGGUGUGGGGUUCAACGUGAACAUUGCGUGGUCCGGGGGGCUCAACCCGCCCCUGGCCGACGCCGAGUACUUGGCGGCUUUUCGCGCGAUUGUCAUGCCGAUUGCUCGCGAGUUCAAUCCCGAUAUCGUCCUGGUGUCCGCAGGAUUCGACGCCACGGAUGGCCACCAGCCCCCGUUGGGGGGCUAUAAAGUCUCGGCGGCGUGUUUCGGGCACAUGACCCGGCAGUUGAUGCAGUUGGCGAGAGGGAGGGUCGUGUUGGCGCUCGAAGGGGGCUAUGACUUGCCCUCGAUUUGCGAUUCGGCCGAGGAGUGUGUGAGGGUGCUACUUGGGGACAGUCCGUCGUCGAUAGCCCCCUCGGAGUUGGCGAGGGCCCCUUGCGGCAAUGCCCUCCUCGCGCUCCAGAAAGUGAUAAGCGUACAAAGUGCUCAUUGGCCGUGUUUGCAGGAGGCCGCCAAGUCGGCUGGGUGUUCUUUCAACGACGCUGUGCGCAACGAGAAAGACGAUAAGGAUACGGUUAAUGCCAUGGCGAGUCUUUCGAUGCAACAUAAUAUGGUGGGGUCGCCGCCUGGGUUUCAUCCAGGGUGUUCGCCGGACGCAGGUCGUCCGUCUGCAUGAGGGGGCUGCUGGAGUCUCCAACUGAACAUUCCCGCUGUCGCUCAGAGUGACUGCCUCUAUUAAAUAAAAAUAAAUCAAAUUAUCGUGUGUUUUAUUUUUGUUAAUAUAUUCAAAGUUUUUAAUAAAAACAUUUAUUUACUUUAAA